AUGGCCAUUUCAUCAACACCGUCUGACCGCGUUCCUCGCGGAGACGUCCGUGCUGAGCUCAACUUCUUCAAUCCUCCUGCUGACGGCGCUAAACCGUUCAACUACGUCGACAACCCACCGGAGGGUGAACCCGAGCGCAACUUUACAUAUGCAACUCACGAGGUGCUGAUCCAGGACGCUCGUGGGCGAAAUGAGUUUACAAAGACACCGGCGUCUCUGGACCACAACGCCUUUCUCAUUGUCGAGGAUCUGCCGCCCUCUGCAGAGGCCGACUUUGUCGACGAUGAGUCCAUCCGUGCCAAGUACUAUCCUGAGGUCGAGGAGCUGCUGCUCCGCCACGUCCCCGGCGCCAACCGGGUCGUAUUCUUCGACCACACCGUUCGCCGCGCCGGCUCAGAUGGACCGCGUGGCCCUGUGACGCGUGCGCACAUUGACCAGACUGCCGAUGCCGCUGCCCAGCGCGUGAGACGCCACCUGCCGGCCGAUGACGCCGAAAAGUUGCUCCAGGGCCGCUACCGCAUCAUCAACGUGUGGCGGCCGCUCAACAAAGGUCCAGUGGAGUCGUUUCCUUUGGCGUUUGCAUCCUCUGCUUCGGUAGCGGACAAGGACGUCGUGCCCAUCGAGCACCGCUACCCGAAGGAAAGCGGCGGCUACGUCGGGCACACGGCCGGCAUUCGGUACAGCCCGGAGCAGAAAUGGUACUAUCUUAGCGGCAUGACAGGAAGCGAGCGGAUUCUGAUCGAAUGUUUCGACAGCGAAGCCCUGAAAGAUGGGACGGCUGUGGCAGGCGGCCGACUGGCACACUCAGCAUUCGAGCACCCAGGAUCCUUGUCGGACGCUGAGGGGCGAGAGAGCAUCGAGGUGCGGACGCUGGUGUUUGGGCCAUGA